ACACUGUAUUGUCAAUUACAAUAACCUCACAAUAUUUUAGUACAUAACAUAUAUAUGUAGUAAAUCUCAUUUUUAAAAAAUUAUUACAACCAAAGUCUUCCUAGAAGAUUAAUCAGUGUUUUAUUGGACAUGGAUCAAAAAGUUAUUAAGGAAGAAACCGAUAUUCACGAUGAUUUUAUAUGGAAUAUGAAUGUUAAACAAGAGCCGUUUGACGAGGAGCUGAAAGCUCAGAAUGACAAAAAUAGCAUGUGGAUACAUAUCAAACAAGAAAUAAAUAAUGAUUCCAAUACACUUGGAACAGUUGAGAAGUUUAUUUUUGAUGUCAAAUCAGAAAGGAAAAUUUUCAAAAUACGGGAUAUUAAAAACAAAUUCAAAUAUUUGAAAGUUAUUCAUGGAAAGCUUGGCAGAUCAAAAAUUACAGGACUGCUAAGAAGUGAAAAAUAUAUUAAAUCAAUUGCAGGAAUAAUAUUAUGUGGAUCUUGUGGAAAUUUAUAUAUAAAAAGAGUCGAAUUUUUAUGCCACUUUUAUACAAAUCAUCGUAUAAAAGGAAAUAAAUUAUUCAAGAUUAAAUCUCAUAAUAACAAAAAACUAAAGAAUGAUAUUGAAGCUGUUGAAAAUGAAUUGAAAUCAAAGUUGCAGGAAACUAAGUGUCAGUUAAAUAUUACUGAUAAUUUGAAUUCUAAUGAAUAUUUGCAUAAUUACUCAGGAGAAAAUCAAUUCAAAUGUGACGUUUGUUCAAAAACUUUUUCACGGAAAAAUAAUUUGAAUAGACAUUUGCGUAAUCACACUGGAGAAAAGCCAUUCCAAUGUGAUAUUUGUUUGAAAACUUUUGCAUAUAAAAGUGAAUUGAAUACACAUUCUCGUUUCCACACAGGUGAAAAGCCAUUUCAAUGUGAUAUUUGUUCUAAAUCUUUUUCACUGAAAAAUAAAUUAAAUCAACAUUCUCGUAUCCACACAGGAGAAAAGCCAUUCAAAUGUGAUAUUUGUUCAAAACUUUUUUCGAGGAAAAAUAAUUUGAAACGACAUUUGCGUAGUCAUACUGGCGAAAAACCAUUUCAGUGUGAUAUUUGUUCAAAAACUUUUUCUUAUAAAAGUGAAUUUGAUACGCAUUUUCGUGUCCACACGGGAGAAAAGCCGUUUGGUUGUGACAUCUGUUCAAAAUCGUUUUCACAGAAAGAUAAAUUAAAUACACAUUAUCGUAUUCACACUGGGGAAAAACCGUUUAAAUGUGACAUUUGUUCAAAAACUUUUUCACAUAAAUGUAAUUUGAACACACAUUUCAGAACCCAUACAUAAGAAAAACCAUUCAAAUUAUAUAAAUUUGUUGAUUCUAAACUCACUUAAAAGAAUUAACAUUCAAUAGUAAACUUAACAAACGAAUUAAUGACCAUUUUGUAUCAUUUUAAUAAGGAACUCUUCAAAAGUAGACCAAAACCCGUCUCAACGUUAUUUUAAAUCAAAUAUCACAUUUUAAAGGAAUAAUUUAUUUCUUGUAUUUUACAUAACUUUGUAAUGAAUUUCUUUUCAACAGUGUUUUAUCAAAUAAAUAUUUAUAAAUAACGAUAUGUACAUAAAUAAAUAUUUCUAUUCAAUUUA